GACCGUCCUUUAGUACAGUCAAGCGUUGGCGGUUUCCUUUAAGAAAUGGACGAGGAAGAAAGAACCCUCUUAAAUAACAGUUUAGAACCGGAGUGGAGUCAAAAACAAGUCAUAUCGUUGAUUAAACUUUACCGUAAACAAAUCAAUUUAUGGAACCCGAAACAUGAACUAUACAAAAACAGAAAUAGGCGGUACGAUUCGAUGAUGUCAAUAUCUGAAGCUAUGCAAAUUGAAAAGUCGGAAAUCGAACGCAAAAUAAAAAAUAUUACUAGUCAGUUCUACAAAGAAAAGAAAAAAAUUAAAACUAAACAAGCUAAUUCUGGGUGCCUGGAAGUUAACAAGCCAAAAUGGUUCGCUUAUAAGUAUUUGUUAUUUUUGAAUGAUAAAAAUACACCACGUGAAAGUGUGGAUAAUUCUCAGAUUCAGAUCAACACAAAUCCGGCAAGUCCUGAGAACAUAUCCCUGGAAGAUUCUCAGACGAACGAUGUUCCAUUAAAUAACAUUGAAAAUGAAGAUUCAGAACCAUAUAUAGCAGAAGAGAGACCUUCUACCGAGCUUUUCAGUAACACGGGGCGUAAAAAACAAAAACUUGGCGAACGUAGUAAUACUUGUCAACAUCAAGAUACACUUCCUGAUGAUAUGGAGGCUGAAGCUUUGAAAAUGUUUAGAGAUAUAUACGAGAAUAAGAAAAAAUGCGACGUAUUUUCUUUGUUAGGACAAGAAGUAGAAAUGAAAGUGAGGCAAAUGCCUACUCGUUAUGGUCGGUGUAUCGUCACGCACAAGAUACAGACCAUAUUGCUGGAAGCGGGCCUAGGAAUGUACGAUUAUCCUCCUCGAGAAACAUCAAUCGCACUACAACGUUCGCGAAAAGCAAGUAAGCCAUAUUCAGGAACCACUAUCUAUCCUGCAGGUGCCUCUUCCACAAAUACCGUACGUAUCCCAAGUGGCCCUUCCAGUGCUAUGUCAGGCAACAGUUACCUUCCUAGGAGACCUCCUAGCAAUACAUCAGUCGAAUCUACUCAGGAAAAUAGUGAUUAAGUUAGAUGUACCAGUGCUUUCGUCACACCAGUGCGCUCGUCACAUUAAGAAAAGUUCAUACUCAGUUACUCAUUAUGGUCGGUGUACAAUAAUUGUACAAUGAAGUAAAAAUAAUAAUUUUGCUCAUCUCUAGUAUGCUGGUCUUUAUUCUGUCUCUGU